GUCAAUGGAAAUUGAUUUUCACCGUGAAAGUAGCAGAAAAAAGCAACGUCUUGAAGCUUGUCACAGUGGUAACGUUUUUGUAGAACUUAAGAGUGCUUUUAGAGGAAUUUUGAAAACUUAUUACCUCAAAAACGGAUGCGAUGAGGUAAAAGACAUUGCUUUGUUUUUAGAAUCACAUAAAGUAAAACUUAUAGAAUUGGUAAAUCAACAGUUAAGUGUUAAUGGUGCAGUGAAAUUUAAUCUUGUGUUUGAAUGUACGUAUAUUAAACCACUUAGUGAAGAAACUCAGGCAAGAGCCUUUAAGACUAAGAAUAAAAAGAUUUUGUAUGACUCUUCAAUUGAUUCAAUAGUUAAAAGAAUGUACAGAAAGAUUUCUCAAGAAGAAAGCGAGUAUCUUGACAAAGGAAGUGGUUGGACACUGUAUAAAAUAGAUGGUAUUCUUGUAAGAUUUAGUAGGUACAGACCUGUCAGAGGUAGUACGUAUAUUCCACUACCUCAAAUCAUUGAAAAUAAAAAAGCAGUAAUAAAUCCAAAAAAUUGUUUUAAGUGGGCCAUCAUUUCUCGAUAUGUAAAAGGUUCUCACCGAGAACGUGUAAAUAACCGAUAUCUCAACUUACAGAAUAAAUUCAAUUUUGAAGGAAUAAGUGUUCCCACACCACUUAAUCAAGUAAAAAAAUUUGAAAAGAAUAAUCCCAAUGUAAGUGUUAAUGUUUAUAGUUUCAACGAAAGUGAGGAUGUUUAUCCAUUGAAGGUAUGUGACAAGGAGCUUAAGGAACAUUUCGAUCUGCUUCUCUUCACAAACAAUAUAGGUAUAAGUCAUUACUGUUAUAUAACUAAUUUUUCUAGAUUAGUUAGGUCUCAGAUAACUAGUCAUGAAACACAAGCUUCUUUCUGUAAGAGAUAUUUUUAA